AUGGAGAAGGACGGGCUUCCCACCUACGACGCCGCCAUCCAGCCGGCCCCGCACUCGCGGCGCCGCUUGCGCAAGAGAGGCUGCCUCAAGCUCGUCGCCGUCGCGUGCCUUCUCUAUCUCGUCUACAGCCAAUGGCAUCAACGGCGGCACCCUCCCCAUCCAAGGACCACUCUCUCCCUGGAGCGGCUCCACGAAGACCUGGCAACAUGCGCCAAGCUGCAGCACAAGCCCACGGAUCCCAGUGGCCAACGUGCCCGCAACGGCCGGUACAUCGAUGGCCACAAGCCCACUCUGAUCAAGAACGCAACCGUAUGGACUGGCGAGCCCGCUCCCGGAACCAGCGACGAAGAUGCCCGCGCCGGGAAAGGCUACUCGUGGGUCCAGUCCGACGUGUUUCUUGAACACGGCCUGAUCAAGUCCGUGGCCGCCCAGAUUCCCGAGGCCGGGCUGCCGUCGGACGUGCUGGUGUACGAUGCCCAAGGCCGGCCACUCACCGCCGGCAUCAUCGACAUGCACAGCCAUGCCGGCGUCAAUCCGCUGCCGCAGCUGCGCGGCAACGAGGACACGAACGAGAUGUCGGCCGACAUCACCCCCUACGUGCGCUCCAUCGACGGCCUGGACCCGCUCGACCACCAGAUCCAGGUCAUCAAGUCCGGCGGCGUCACCACCUCGCUCGUGCUGCCCGGCUCCGGCAACAACAUCGGCGGCGAGGCCUUUGUCGUCAAGCACGCCGUCGGCAAGCCCGAUGGCCGCGAAGAAGUCAGCGCUGCCGACAUGCUGGCCGAUCCAGACCGGACAUGGCGCUACAUCAAGAUGGCCUGCGGCGAGAACCCAAAGCGCGUCUACGGCAAGGUCGGUGAGCAUGGCCCCACCAGCAGGAUGGGCGAGUCGUGGGAGUUCAGGCACGCCUUCGAGCAGGCUGCCAACCUGGUCCGCGUCCAGGACGACUGGUGCGCCGCCGCCCAGGUCCAUGGCGUUGACGCCGUCGACACCUAUCUCCCCCAGGACCUGCGCUGGGAGACGCUCGGCGCUGUGCUCCGCGGCCAGGUCCACGUCAAUGCCCACUGCUACACCGUCCCCGACCUUGAGGCCUUCAUUGAUCAUACCAACGAGUUCAAAUUCCCCAUCCGUGCCUUCCAUCACGCACACGAGACAUACAUUGUCCCCGAGAUUCUCAAGCGUGCCUGGGGUGGCCGCGCUCCCGCCGCUGCGCUGUUCGCCAACAACAUGGACUACAAGAGCGAAGCCUACCGCGGAUCCGAGCUGGCCGGCAAGAUCUUGUACGAAAACGGCAUCACCCCCGUGUACGUGUCCGACAACCCGGUGCUAAACGCCCAGCACGUCGUCUGGGAGGCGACCAAGGCCUACGGCUACGGCCUACGCUACCACGCAGCAUUGGCUGGCGUAACGAGCGCGCCGGCCGAGCUGCUCGGCUUGGGUGAGCGCAUCGGCAAGGUCAAAGCCGGCUUCGACGCCGACGUCGUGGUCUGGGACAGCGAUCCCCUGAGCCUGGGUGCCGCUCCGGCCCAGAUCUGGAUUGACGGCACCGCCCAGUACGAGCAUCCAUACCUCCUGAACAAGACGCACGUGGACCCCCCAAAGCCCAAUCACGAAUUCACCAUGACCACGGAAGAGGAGGAUAUCGAAUCCGGCAACGUCGUCUUCACCGGCGUAUCGGAAAUCCUGAUGCCAGGCUUCGAGCACGCCGCACUGUCAGAAGACGCAGCCAACAACGUCGUCAUCGUCACCAACGGCGAAAUCACCUGCGUGGGAUCCUGCCACGAAGAGCUUCAAGCCGCAUCCUCGCAGAAAACCAAGACCGUCUCCCUCACCAACGGCCACCUGACCCCUCCCUUCACCCUCCUCGGCUCCGACCUCGGCCUCAGCGAAAUCGCCGCAGAGCGCGACACCCAAGACGGCAACAACAGCCCGGACACGUACUUCUCCCGCGCCGUCGACGGCCUCGCCCUCAACACCAAGCAGCUCGCCGCCGCCCGCCGCCACGGCGUCACGCGCGCCAUCACCGCGCCCCUCUCCUCCACCGGCGGCUCGCGCGGCGUCAGCGUCGGCUUCCGGACCGGCGGCACCACCCCAGCCUCGGCCAUUUGGGCGGAUGAGGCGUCCGUCCACUACAGCCUGCAGCCGGGGGCCAAGAACGGCAAGACACCGUCCAUCUCCGCCGCCAUCGGCUCGCUCCGAGCCAACCUGCUCGAAGCCGUCGCCUCCCUCAACGACACGACGACGAAAACGACGAGCAGCGGCGCCGCGGACCGCUACUCGGAAGCAUCCUACCUCCGGCGCGUCGUCGCCGGCGACCUCGCGCUGGCCAUCCACGUCGACAGCGCCGACACCAUCGCGGCGCUGCUCCGCGCCAAAGCCGAGGUCGAGGACGCGCUGCUCGCCACCACCACUACUACGUCCUCGUCCUCCUCCCCGCCGGCGAUCCGCCUCGUCCUCAUCGGCGCCGCGGAAUCGCACCUCCUCGCCGACGAGCUCGCCGCGUCACCGGCCACGGGCGUCGUGCUCGCGCCGCUGCUGCAGUACUCGCAGGGCUGGGACCAGCGGCGCUCGCUGACGGGCGCGCCGCUGACGGACGGGACGGCCGUGGACGUGCUGCUGGACGCGGGCGUCAAGGUGGCGAUUGGCGUCGCCGAGGGCUGGGAGGUGCGCGACCUGGCGCACAUGGCCGGGUGGGCGUGGGUGAAUGGCGGGGGCCGGAUCGGGAAGAGGGAGGCGGUGGGGCUGGUGAGUUGGAAUGUCGGGGAGGUGUUGGGGCUGGAUGGGGAGGGCAAGGGGGAGUGGGUCGUUUGGGAGGGGUGGCCGUUGGGUGUGGGGGGGAGGGUGAGGGGGGUGGGGAGUGGGAGUGGUGCUGUGACGGUGUUUUCGUGA